GAAAACCCAAAAGAGGUGGUAAUGAUGAUAAGAUAAGUAAAUUACCUGACGCUUUAAUUCACCACAUUUACUCAUUUCUUCCAACCAAAUGCGUUCUUUCUACAUGCAUUUUAUCUAAAAGAUGGAAUCAUUUAUCAAACUCUGCUCCCAUUCUUGAUUUUCCCGAAUGGUUUACCAAUUAUGGGGAAUACUAUGCCUUGGCAGUUUUGCUGGACACAGUGUUAUUUGUUCAUGAGAAGCCGAAAAUACAGAAAUUCAUGCUCACUGUUACUGAAUGUUUUGAUGAAACCCGAGUUAAGAAACGUAAAGUAGAAGAGCUUGUUCUAUCCAUAGAAUCUGAAAACCCCUUUAUAUUUCCUCUAUCAUUUUUCACAUGUGAUUCGUUGGUGGUGUUGGACUUGAAAUACAAUAGCAUUCUCUGUCUCCCGAACACGAUUUCUUUUCCAAGGAUCAAGAUACUUCGGCUCACAAAUAUAGAGUUUGUGAAUGAAAACUUGACUGGAGAACUGUUUUCCAACUGUCCCAUCCUUGAAGGGUUAUGCUUGUUUGACUGUGACUUUGUUGACGACUUUAAAGUUUUAUGUAUUACUUCUGGUACACUCAAGCACUUGUCAAUUAUCAAUUGCUGUCUGUUUCAUCAGACAUUGAAGGUUUUCACACCAAAUCUGCUGACCAUUAAGUAUGCAGCAGAGUUACCGGCAGACUUUGUUCUCGGUAGGUUCCUGUCUCUAGUUGAGGCAGAUAUUCAAAUUUCUAACAACCGGGCUCAGCCAAGAUUAUAUGCUCCUAUAAUCAAGCUUUAUCAAAGACUUUUUAAUGUAAAGCUCCUUAAAACGUCUGGUUCCUCCUUUCAGUGUCUCACUGCAGCAAAUAUCCUCUUAGCCAAUUUGUCGACAUUUUGUAAUUUGGUUUGCUUGGAAGUUAGUUCGGCAUUUUGUAGCUGGAUGGGUCCGCAUGCGAGUUUUGUGUUCGUCUAUGAAGAUAUUUUUGUGGUUUCUCCAACUCUCGCAUAAUCUAGAAUCGAUUGACUUAACCGAGGGUGUCCACAACGAUGACCAACAAGAUUAUGAUUGGACAGUAAUUUCAUUACCCUGGUAUUCUCUGCCAAAUCUCAAGGUAGUUGUAGUGCAACAUUUUAUGGGGCGCAAAGUGGAGCUGGACAUGGUAAAAUUCUUUUGGCCAAUGCUGGAGUUCUUCAGACAGUGACUAUCAUGAUUUCUGAAUGUUUAUUGGAAGACUAUAAGGAGCAAAUGCAGAUUGCAUCUGAAUUACUUAAAUUUCCAAGAUAUUCCUCAAGUUGUGCGCUUGGGUUCAUGACCCCUGAAUAGUAUGAGUAAGUGUAGACUCUCUUUGUUUGUAUUACUCUUAUCUUCUAAUCAUUUUUAUAACUAGAAAGACAGACCAAUACACUAGUUACGGAAAUGUGGGAGUUGUUAUUCCUAUCUUUUUUGGCUGUUCUCUGUUAUCAGCACCCGUAUUUUGUUUGUUCUUUUUUCUAUAAAAUCUGAACUUAGCUGUGUUUGAACUAAGUUGUAUUGUUAUCAUAAUCUAUAUCCUUUCCGA